AAGUUGACAGACGGACCAAAUAUGGCGGCGCAGGCAGGAACGAGCGUGUUGUGAAGAUGGUCGCUCAUUACUGUAGCUUUUUUUCUUCUAUAAAGGACUUUAAUGAUCGAACAUUAUGCGCCAUGCGUUAUUGUUACUGCCAGAUAUUCGUACGUUAAGAGUCACAAGGCAGGCGGCAUCGUUUAGCUAACAUUAGCUAACGUAAUUAGCCACUUUUUCAAAACCCGGAGGAGGGAGGCUGUUGACCUUGUUGACAGCUCAGUCACAGCACUUUGUUUUACACCAUUUGUAAUUAUUAUUAUAUAAUAUAACGGACUGAACCUGUCAGGUAGUUAAUAAUCCUAAAUGAGGGAUAGCUGUGUUUAUUGAACUCAAUUUUCACAGCCUUUUACGCACGUUGCAUAGUAGCUUCUUCCUCCAGACAGGAUUGCUGAAAUCAACCUGGACUUUGAGCCUUUCAGUGGCUCCUCAGUUCUCAGAGGACAAUGUCUGUGUGGAUGACAGAGGAGGUGAUGAGGUGGACCCUUCGCUUCUGCAGCCGCACAUCUCAAAUGAUGCAGCGAGGUGCCCUGGCGACCACAUCACUCAGAGACACAGCUCACAUCUGGGGCACGAGGCAAAACCAGACAUGCCUGCACAUGGGUCCUGUCAGGUCAGUGAGGUUUUAUUCACAGGGGACUGUCCGCACUGAGGAUUUGGAGGAGAAGAAGCUGGUGGCAGAUUCUCCACUGCACGAUAAAAGCCACUCUGUGGUGAGCGCCUCAGGAGAGAGACAGAUGAGGUCCCCUUUCUUGGACCACCUGCAGCGCUGUGGCUCCCCGUCAGACGUGUUGGACCUCACAUGUCAGUAUGCACCCACGGUUCGACAGGUCAGCAACUGCCUCAACCAAAUGUGGAACUCCACCAAGAAGAUGACCGACGAGCAGCGGCGCUGUGAGCUGCAGCUGAUGUUCGAGCAUCCUGAAUUUGACACGCUGCUGCAAAAGGCCAUGAAGGAUGUGGGGCACAUGCGCAGUGAAGAUGUGGCGUAUACUCUCCUGAGUAUGGUCAAUAUGGGUGUGCCUCAAAGCAGCCGUGUGGUCCAGACUUUUCUCAGAGCCUGCCAGGAGAAACUAAAUGGUUUUGAUGAGAAGAGUCUGUCCAUCUUGGCUUCCUGUCUGGAACACAUGGAGAGUAGCCCCAAUGUCAGUGCACUGAAGGAGGGCAUGAGGCAGGUAGUCGAGGCUCGUCUUCCCAGAAUCAAGAAUGUCAUGGCCCUCCAGACCAUGAUGCGUAUGCUGGGGAAGGAUGCCCCGCUAUACCUCAAACGGAAACUAGAGAGAAAGGCUUUAUCAAUGACAGACCAGUUCAGCCUUCCCAACACCCAGCACAUGAUCUCUACAAUGGCCACAAUGGGCUUCUACUCCAAACCACUGCUGGACAUCUGUAGUCAGAAGAUCAUAGAAAACAUCCACGGAAUCCCCUUCAACAGAUUGUUCGCAGUGCUGCUCUCGUGUCGGGAUUUGCACUACAGAAACUUAGACCUGCUCACUGGCAUUUCAGACUAUGUCACCUCCAUGCUUGACAUAUGGACCAACAAACAGAUGCUCCUCUUCCUCUCUGUGUUUGAGAACCUCGCCUUCUGUCCUGCGCCCUUAAUGGAGGCAUUUGUUGAGAGGGUGAUUGCCCGCCCAGAUGACCUGACACUUAAAGACCUUCACUGUGUCCUAAAGGUGUACUCUUCUCUUAACUACGAUCUGCAGCAGCACAGACAACAGUUCCUGGAUAGUCUCACUCAGGUUCUGGAGUCGUAUCUGCCCAAGAUGUCUGAGUUUAAGCUUUUAAAGGCUGUUUUUCAUCUGUGUGUACUGGGCCACUUCCCCCCUGCACCUCUGGAGCAACUCCUGCAGAAUAGCAAGAUGGAGCAGUUCAAUGCUACGCCGCCAAAAUUCCUCCUGAGCCAGAAUAGAAUGUUUCAGACAGUAGACUUGUGUCUCCGUCUCGACCGUCCUCCUCUCCCUCGUCCCCUGACUGUCCCGCCAUCAUUACUGGGAGAUCCAACCCCCUACAGUUCAUUAGUCAAGCAGUCGCUCUCACAUGCUCUGCAGAGUGUGUUAGAGGACCAGACUGACACGAUGCUGCAGGAAACAGUUACAGUGGAAAACUUCUACUUCAUAGAUGCCGUGAUAACCAAACCUCUGUCAAACCAAACCUCGGUGACUGAAGUGAGUGGCAUUAGUGAAAGAGAGGCGUUGUCUCCAGCAGAGAGCAGUCAGAGAAUUGCAGUCAUUUGCCCACCAAACUCUGGUUUUUGCUACAGUACCUCUAAUCCUCGUGGUUCCCUGGCGGUUAUGCUUCGCCAUCUGAAGAUCUUGGGAUACAACCCUGUUCUGGUAUCGGAGCAGGAGCUGGAGUCUGUGUCUGAGGAAAAGAGGACGGAGUUCCUCAGGGGACUGAUUUUUCCAGAACACCACAGGUCAGACACACAACCUCAAAUGGAGCAACUACAAUCCUGAAGAAAUAUGUCGGUGUUGAAUGGAUGCAGUCAUCAUAAACACAUUGUAUUGCUUUGUAAACAUUUAAGAAAAUAAAUAUAAUGAAGUGUUUAAAAUGUA